AUCUUGUUAGAUGCCUCGCGAGCCCAACUGCGCGCCUCUCUAAAAAGCGCUCCUCUUUUUCUUUGCGGCAGUGGAGGAAUCGGAUCUCGUGGAAGCGAACUUCUUCUUUUCUUUUUCUGUCUCGAGUGGCCAGUGUCGUCGCAACACAACAACUUGCAUUUCCAUAAUGUCCUCCGGAGAAUUUAAAAGUUUGGAGGAUUGUUUGGAAAAACACAUUCCCGCGCCCGAGCUGGCAGAGGUGAAGAGAAUCCUGUUCGGCAAACCGGUCGAAGGCAUUCCCAUCCCGAAGGCAGCAGAGGCGCUUCGAAAAAGUGGAGAUUUUGAGUUGAAGGCCUUCAAGAUUGCAGCGGCGCCAGAAGAGCUGAGGAAGCCACGUUUGGUUCGCGUGGGCAUAAUUCAGCAUAAAAUCGUGUUGCCGACAACGGCGCCCAUCCAGGCCCAACGCGACGCGAUUCUCGAGCGCGUCGGCACAAUUGUCGAGGCCGCCUCACUGUGCGGCGUCAACGUCCUCUGCUUUCAGGAGGCAUGGAACAUGCCAUUCGCGUUCUGCACUCGCGAGAAGCAACCGUGGUGUGAGUUUGCCGAGGACGCGGAAACCGGACCAACUACUCAAUUCGUUCAAAAGUUGGCCCGGCAACACGGAAUGGUGAUUUUGUCACCGAUUCUGGAGAGGGACACAAUUCACGGGGACACCAUUUGGAACACGACCGUCGUCGUCGGCGCCAACGGCAACGUGCUCGGCAAGACGCGCAAGAACCACAUCCCGCGGGUCGGUGACUUUAACGAGUCCACCUAUUACAUCGAGGGCAACACUGGCCACAAAGUGUUCGAAACAAAGUUUGGUAAAAUUGCGGUCAACAUUUGCUACGGGCGACACCACCCGCAGAAUUGGCUUAUGUAUGGUGUGAACGGCGCCGAGAUUGUUUUCAACCCCUCUGCGACUAUCGGCGGGCUCAGCGAGCCCUUGUGGGGGAUUGAGGCGCGAAACGCGGCGAUCGCCAACAGCUACUUCACUUUUGCCAUCAACCGUGUGGGCACCGAGCAUUUUCCGAACGAGUUCACAUCGGCCGACGGCAAACCGGCCCACAAAGACUUUGGUCACUUCUACGGGUCGAGCUACGCGGCCGCUCCGGACGGUAGUCGCACUCCUGGACUGUCCAGGACCAGGGAAGGUCUCCUUGUCACGGAGGUCGACCUCAACUUGUGCAGACAGACAAAGGACAGUUGGGGAUUCAGGAUGACCCAGCGUUUGGAACUUUAUGCAGAAUCCCUUUCUCAGGCUAUCAAGCAGGACUACAAGCCAGACGUUGUCUACGAAAAUUAAUUUUUCUAUGUUGAAAAUUAUUCUCAUUCAUUAUAAACUUUAUUUUAAAUUCUGGUGGCCGAUUGUGCAGUAAAAAAUAAUUGAAUAGAACCAUGGAAUAAAAAAAGUAUUUAAAAAGAAAAAAAUUACAUAUAUCAAAUAAGCUAUUAUCAAAUUUUAGUUAAAUCGUUUUCUUCUAUUUGGAAAGCCUAAUUCCUACACGUUUGCAAUAUAUUUCAAAGAAAUAAAUAA